CGAGGACAUCCACAAUGGAUGCAAACUCGUUGAGCAGGCCGCCUGCUCGAUGCGCUCCGACACCACACCCUCGUUCUCCUUGACGACCAUACACACAACCCCUUCGACACUCGACCUUCUUUCCCUCAUGCCACACAUCCGGUACCUAGCCCCAAGAUUCGACCUCCUUCAACCUCAACGGCACACACGCAUGCACGCUCCCUCGAUCCCUCGAUGGUCCGCACCACUGCCACCCUGCGUCCUCGAGCCCAUCAAGCAUCAAACUCUCCCUUGAGCCCAUGCGUCCUCUCGACGCCAAGCGAGCACCACCGAGAUUCCGACGUCCCUCUGUCGUCGUUGUUGCUCCACUGCGCCCGAGUUUCGGUCACACUUACACUCCGCGUUCGAGCACGGAGGAUCGCGAACAUCAUGCUACUCGUACUUGAGCGCGUCGACGAGGAGG